AUGUUACUUUACUAUAACUUCACUCGUAAACGCGACCGGUAUUUUCUUUCACCAUUCGAAGUCGAAAUUUCCAAACACGGUUCGCAAAGAACAGUUUGUGAAAUCAUUCGUUCAUCCGAUUUUCUUUGUGGUCUGCUCGGUAUCGAUCGGCCAAUGAUGUUAAAACAAAUAACUACGAACAACUCACCCAGUAUUGUAUCGACCGGUUCGAUAACAAACGAUGCAAGUCUCUCGUCAUCAGAUAGUCAAGAACAAACUAGUCGCCGUGCUUUGUCUUGUUCGACAGCAGCAGGAAUUAAUAAUUCAACCGAUCCAUUAUUGUCAAUGAUCGAAGAAAAGCUAGAUUUCAAGCAUAAAUGUAUGUUCUAUUCAACUGGUCCAACAUCGGAUCUAUGCGUUUGCGCUUUGAAUGUUGGUCAUAAUCCAUCAGUUCUGUGUAAUGCUAUUGGUUAUUCAAGUUUACAAAUCGACGAAGACUCUCAGACAGACAAACCUGCGAGUGCAGACGAUGAGAAGAAAAAAUCACGUAACGUCAAAGCUCGUCAUCAACAUCGACAAUAUGUCCAUCAAUGGAUGUGCAUUCGAGACAUAAUUGAUGGUUUAAUCACAUGCAAUCACAUACUUAAAAAACGAAAUGAGCCCAAAUCUGAUAAACCAUCGCUGACAAACAUUCAACAAAUCAAAGGCAAAGCACGACAAUUGGUUUGGGAUUUGAUGGAAAUAAAAAAUGAAGUACGCUUCCCACGUCCGUCGCAUGGUCGGAUACCGAACUUUCGUUAUUGUGAAUUAGCAGCUGAAAAUGUCACUAGUUUAGAAUGCUUUCAUCGAGCACGUGUUAUUAAAAUCAAUCCAUCACUUGCUCAGGAACCGCUUCGUUACUUAGCAUUGACUUAUAACAAAGUUUUAUUAACACCAACGCCAGCGCUCGAAUCCGUACUUUUCUACAAGUUAGAUCCAAAAUUCCUACGUCGAAAUCAAUUGGAAUGGGCAGCAACGAAAACCGGUGCUGCAGAGCUGGGCACUGCACUUCAACUCACAGCAUUAAAGCAAAUUCAUGUCGAUAUCAUUAUCGUUGCAUCAGUUGCUGUCAAUCCAAUCACUGGUGCACGUAUUGGCAAAGGUAAAGGCUACGCCGAUCUCGAAUACGGAAUUAUGUCUCAAAUGGGUUGUGUGAAUAAGAAAACGGUUGUUAUAACAACAUGUCAUGAAAGUCAAUUGAUAAACGAUUUACCGAAUGAAAUCAUGGAAGAACAUGACUUACCUGUUGACAUUAUUGUGACGCCGAAACGAUAUAUUUACACCAAACGGUUAUUUCAACGUCCUGAACGCGUCUAUUGGAAUAAAAUUGAUUCAGAUAUGUUGACAAGCAUUCCUGUUUUACAGGAAUUGAAGCAAUUAGAAGGACAAGAAACAAAAUAG